AUGGAGACUCCAGCAGACGUGAAGCUCUAUCCAACGGCGGUGGUUCUCCCCCUUCUUUCCUUCAUCAUCAUCGGCCUCUGUAUCACUCCUCUUAUUUUGCACGCGAAGAAUCGCAACUUCCCCACCACCUGCCUGGUCUGCUGGUCCAUCAUGCUCAAUCUCUUCAACAUCAUCAAUGCCUUCCUCUGGCCAAGAGACAAUGUGGAAGAGUGGUGGGAUGGUACUGGGCUGUGUGAUAUUGAAGUCAAAGUUUAUGUUGCCGGGUAUAUUGCCGUGCCAGGUACCCUGGUAGGCAUGUUCCGCAGCCUGGCUAUUGUCUUGGAUACCGACCGAGCAACCUUGGUACCUAGCAAGGCUCAGCGUUGGCGCAAUCGCUCCGUGGAUCUUUUGUUCUGUGUGAUUGCUCCAACCAUUGCAAUGAUAACCCACAUCGUCUAUCAGGAGAGCCGGUACUUGCUCUACUCCAUUUCGGGAUGUGUCAACAACUACGAUACCAGCUAUAUGAGCCUUUUACUGGCCUACAUAUGGCCGCCGAUCAUUUGUCUGAUUGCCGCUUAUUACUGCUGCCUGGUGAUCAUCCGGCUUCACAGGUAUCGCAGUGACUUCGGCGCCAUUUUGCAGUCUUACAACAACAACCUGAACAAGUCGCGCUUCUUGCGUCUCUUUUUCCUUGCCUUGACUAUGCUGGUAGUCAUUAUCCCCGUCGAAGGAUACGUGCUUUACUACAACAUUAUCCUUGGGCUGCCCUGGCACCCUUACUCCUGGGACAACCUUCACGAUCCAGUAUGGUACAAGAUCAUCAAGGUGCCGGCAUACGGCCAGGUGUUCUUUGACCGAUGGAGCCCUAUCGGAUCGGGCUUUUUGAUCUUUGUUUUCUUCGGCUUCGGCCGCGACGCAACCCGCAUCUACCGCAGAUUCGCCCGGUUCCUGGGACUGGGUUGCUGCUUCUCCAGCUUGGCUGGUCCAACCGAUUCGCAGGGCACUGCACCAGCUGCCAACGCCUCCUCCUCCACAACCCUUGUCGGUUCCAUUAGCAGCCGUGCCAAAUUGAUGUUCAAGGGUCGCAAAGUCUUUGCUGCACGAAACCAAUGGAACUCCACCCUCGCAUCCACCAGCACCUACAACGACAUCGAGAAAACUACCCGCUCUUCUACAGCGCAGCCCCCUCUCAUCGUAACCACCCGCAAGACCCCAUGGUUCCAAUCCCCCUUCAGGCUUUUCCGCCGCCACCCCCCAUCCCCCAGCCAGGACGGAGACGUGCUUCUAGACGACCUGUCAGCCCCGUUCCAAACAAUCUGUACCAACGCCUGGGCGGGAACGAGCGAGAAUCGUCACAGUGGCGAGUUCAUUCCGACCUUGAGUUCGCCUGAGAGAAAGGACUUUAUUCGUGUCAAACAAGUGAUCAGCCAGCAAACCGAGGUGGUUUGA